AUGUUAAAAAAAAAAAUUUGGGUACCUAUAGAAUCAAAUCCUGAUUCUAUGUAUUUAUAUUCUUGUAAGCUUGGGCAAUCAAAGUUGAAAUUUUUAGAUAUAUAUGGAUUUCAUAAGGAAUUAUUAGAUAUGAUACCUAAACCAGUUCACGCUAUAAUAUUUUUAUAUCCGAUAAAUGAAAAGCUUAACGAAAAUAAUUCAAAAGAUGGAAAUAUGAAACAAAAUAUUGAUAGCAUAUGGUUUAUUAAACAAAAUAUUCGUAAUUCAUGUGGUACAAUUGCUCUUUUGCAUUUACAUAGUAAUUUAAGAAAUAAGUUCCUGUUAGAUAAGGAUUCAAUCGCUGAUAAUUUUUUUAAUAAAGUUAAAGAAAUGACUCCAGAUGAAAGAGCAAAGGAAUUCGAAAACACCAAAAGUUUUGAAUUGUUGCAUCAUGAAUUUGCUGGAGAAGAUUUAGGCAUAGAAAAAAUAGUCGAUGUUGAUACACAUUUCAUUGUUUUCUUAGAAAUUGAUAAUCAUGUAAUUGAACUAGACGGAAGAAAAAGCCAACCGAUUAUUCAUUGCUCUACAACUCCCGAUAAUUUCUUAUAUGAUGCAGGAGAUAUUAUACAAAAGAAUUUUAUAGAAAAAUGCUCUAAUGAUAACAGAUUUUCAGCAUUAGCAGUGGUGUCAAAUGAUAAUAUUUAA